AUGUGUGACAUGGGAGGCCUAGAUAAUCUGAUCGCUAACACAGCUUACUUGCAAGCCAGAAAAAGCAGCGAAGGGGAUAUUAAAGAACUGCAGAAGAGGCGUAAAAGCCUAUCCUUGCCCCCUACUGAUGUUUGCCGCAAGGAAAUAAAGGAUACUGUCCCUAUGGAAUAUGAGAGCAUCUGCAUACAGCAACCAAUUGGUAAGAGGCUGUUCAGGGACUUUUUGGUGACUGUGCCAGAGUACCAACUGGCAAAGGACUUUCUAGAUGAAGUGGGUGAGUGGGAACUAGGGGAAGAUUCAACCAAGGAUAUGCUGUUAGAGAAUAUGGUGAGCAAAAGGUUCAAACAGGAUUCUGAGGGCCAUCUACCCUUCUUGAGUGCAGACUUAUCCAACCAACUGAAACAAGCCAAGGGGAAGGAGAUUGCAGAACUGGUUCUUUCGGCCAAAGAGGAAACUCAUGCCUUCCUUAAGGAUACACCAUUCCAGGACUUCCAGAACAGCACCUUCUAUGAUCGCUUUCUACAAUGGAAAGCCUUUGAGAGACAGCCUAUCUCCCACAAGUACUUCUACGAGUUUCGGGUCCUGGGCAAAGGUGGCUUUGGAGAGGUGUGUGCCAUUCAGGUAAAGAAUACCGGCCAGAUGUAUGCCUGCAAGAAGCUGGAUAAAAAGCGUCUGAAGAAGAAGAAUGGUGAGAAAAUGGCCCUGUUAGAGAAAGAAAUCCUUGAGAAGAUUCAUAGCCCAUUUGUAGUCACCCUGGCCUAUGCAUAUGAGACCAAAACCCACCUGUGCCUGGUGAUGAGCCUUAUGAAUGGAGGAGACCUCAAAUUUCAUAUCUACAACAUUGGAGAGAAGGGAAUAGAAAUAAGCAGGGUCAUUUUCUACUCUGCCCAGAUCUGCUGUGGACUACUGCACCUUCAUUCUCUUAAGAUUAUCUACAGGGACAUGAAGCCAGAGAAUGUUCUUCUGGAUGACGAUGGUAAUUGCCGGCUCUCUGACUUGGGUCUUGCAGUUAAAGUCAAAGAAGGCAAACCCAUCAACAACAAGGCUGGAACUAAUGGAUACAUGGCCCCUGAAAUGCUGAAGGAUGAGAAUUACUCCUACCCUGUUGACUGGUUUUCAAUGGGAUGCACAGUGUAUGAGAUGGUUGCAGGCCAAACCCCUUUCAAGGAUCCUAAACAGAAACCCAACAAGGAUGAUGUAAAAAGGAGAACUUUGGAGGAAGAAGUCGUCUUCCAACAUCCAAACUUUACAGAAGAGGCAAAAGACAUCUGUAGACUCUUCCUUGCUAAGAAACCAGAAAACCGACUGGGAAGCAGAACCAAUGAUGAUGAUCCGAGGAAACACCCCUUCUUCAAAUCCAUCAACUUCCAAAGGCUAGAGGCUGGCAUAGUGGACCCUCCAUUUGUGCCAGACCCCUCUGUGGUCUAUGCCAAAGAUAUCUCUGAUAUUGCUGACUUCUCAGAAGUGCGCGGGGUCGAAUUUGAUGAGAACGAUUCCAAGUUCUUCAAGAGGUUUGCAACAGGGGCUGUACCCAUCAGCUGGCAGCAAGAGAUCAUCGACACAGGACUGUAUGAUGAGCUCAGUGAUCCAAACAGGGAAACUUCUAAGGGAUAUAUGAACAGCAGUGGUGAGAGGUCUGGAGUCUGCUCCAUUCUUUAAGUUGUUCCUCAGGAGCUGUGAAGUUGAUAUAUCUAUUAAUCCACUGGCUGCCAGAGAGAGCUGAAAAAUAUAGCACAAUGCAUUGCGACCCUUUCUUGCAGCUAGGUAGUCUUCUGUCCCUCAGCCCAAAGAAAAGUACCUUUUGGCCCAGUCAAUGGACAGAAAAAGCAUCUAGUGGUGAAAAAAAUGGGCUAUUUACUACAUGUACCAUUUCACCUUCAUCACUCUAAAGAGGUGUAUUUUGACAGUGUUUCCUAAUAUCUAAACAUUUUUCUGCAUUAUGACAAACAUGGGAAGUGUCCUGACCAAUGCUUCUCAUACUCUAAAAUUCUGUUUUUAUAUAAACAGAACAACUUGUCAGAAUUGUGUAAUGUCAAUUUAUUUCACCACAAACCUGAGAUAUAUAAAGAGUACCUCUUGUAGGUAGGAAAUAUGACAAAUUGCACAGAGAUCUUUAUAGUAUCAGUAAAAUAUUUUGCCUGAUGUGUUUACUAAAAAAAUUUUUUUAGUAUAUUAAUUUAUCUCUAUGCAAUUGAGCUUUGAAGACAGAGCUUCUCCAAAACAGAUGUUGUGUUACAUUAUAGCCCAUUGAUGGGUAACCUUGGAACAAUUGAGGUUUUAGAACUACAUUUCCCAUCAUUCUCAACUAGACUGCAGAGUGCCUAAGCAUCAUGGGAAAUGUAGUUUGAAAAUAUCUGGAGUCCAAGGUUAGCCAUCACUGCUAUAGUCCAUAUAAGAUGUAUUUCUUAUUCUGUUUUGAUUCUCUUGCAUGAAAACAUUAAAAGUAAAAGACUAGGUUUUCAACAUAAUAAAGUUUAAUGUUGUUGUUUAUAAAGGGGAUUUAUUCUAUCAACAGGCUAUUUAUAUGUGGAACCAAAAUACAAUUAAAGAGACAUUGCAGAUAUAUUUUUAAAUCGGA